AAGCGCGGCUUGUUUCGCGGAGUUCGGCAUGGGCCGCAAGAAGAACAAGCAGCUGCAGCAGCAGCGGCGGCUCCGAAGGGUUGUGACUUUCGAUGAAGAGAGUCGGCGGGAGUACUUGACAGGGUUUCACAAGCGUAAGGUGGAAAGGAGGAAAAUGGCUGUGGAGGAGAUAAAACGCAAACUGAAAGAAGAGCAAAAGAAGAUGAAGGAAGAGAGGCACAAGGAGUACAUGAAUAUGUUGAAGGAGAGAGAAGAAGCCUUAGAGGAAGCAGAUGAGUUAGAGCGAAUGGUGACAUCCCAGACGGAAUCUGUGAGCUAUGAUCACCCAAACCACACGGUUACUGUUACUACGAUCAGUGACUUGAACCUCUCAGGCGAGCACCUGCUAGGACUGGACACCCAUGAGGGCAAAGAUUCUGGAGUGGAAAAAGAUGCUCCAAGCAAGCCUGCAAGCAUCUUGCCUAAGAAAUCUAGAGAUCCUUUCCUAUCUCAGAGGAUCUCUUCACUCACUGCUUCACUGCAUUCCCAUAGUAGCCGGAAAAAGACAAAAGGAAAGCACGCAAGACAUAGUCAAACCAUAACAAAGGGAGUUCAAAAGUCAAGAGCAGGACGCACAAGCAAGACCCAGCGUCGGAAAAUGACAGGCAAAGGAAGGCAUUUCCAAGACUGAUGGGCAAGCUGUGGUAACAGCAGUAAAGCCUGCAGAGGAAUGUCAAGUUAUGCUCUCUGCCUUACAGCCCAUUUUAUCUGAAUGAAGGUUUACUUGUUGGGCGCUGCGGAGGAGAUGCAGUGCUUUCCCGGACUAAUCGAGGAGCUGAUGGGUGAGAGGCCUGACAAAUCUUGGUUGUGCCUAAUACCCUCUUUGGGCCAAGCUGAUGUGAUUGUUCUUAACUUGUGUCCCUUGCUGUGUAACACACCCACUCCACAUGGGAAGUAGAAACAGUGGGGGCUGGUGCACAUUUUCCCACCUAUGGAUGACAGGCAGAUCCAUUUAAUCUGGGAGUGGGCUGCCUGUGACCUGCGGCCUUAGAGAGGAUUGCUGAAGGGGGUAGAGGAGGCUUGAGCCCCCCUGCAAUACUAUCUCAGGCAGGAAGGGGAGGUUUAACCCUCCCCCUCCUUGCCCACUGGAAUGUGGGGAUGAGCAAGGGUCAGCCUUGCACUCACCCCAAAUUUAAUCGAUGCAGCCUGUGUUUAGGGACCCAUUUAUAGUCUUACUCUCACAUCCAGAGUGCCAGCUCAUGCAUUCCCAGCCCAUCCUCUCCUGCAGGUCUGGUGCUAUAGAUGCUCAGAUCCUGCUUCCCUGUUCAGGUAGGUGACUGCAUCAACCAGUCUUCCCCAACCUGGUGUCCUCUAGAUACCUUGCCUUUAAUUCCCAGCAUUCCUGACCACUGGCUAAGCUGGUUCGGGCUGAUGAGAGUUGAAGCCCAAAACAUCUGCAGGGCUCCAAGUUGGGAAACCUGGCACAGGCUGAGAAAGGCUGUCCAUUCUUUCCCUUCAGUCACAUUGUUUGUUUGUAUUUAUAAAUGCCUUUUAAUACUGAAA